UCGAGCGUUGAUGUUAACGUUUUGUUAGUAUUUCAACUUACAAUAUACAGUAUACAUAUUUUCAUGCUUGUGCAAGAUAUUAAAAGCUUAAGAUUUUGCAAAAAAUAAAGAAAAAUUCUGCUCGAUAACUUUUUUAAGAAUCACGAAAAAGGUUAUUUUUAAUUUAAGCGAUUAUAGAGAUUUGUUUUUUUCUUUUUUGUGGAAGAUUGUCUUAUUGAUUACGCGCACGUGUGUUAUUGAGAAAAAUGAUAAUUAAUACCAAAGUGUUUGUGAUUGUCGUAUUGGUAAUCUGCGGUACAUAUGCUCGCACCACCGAUAAUCGAGAAUCUUACAAAGGAAGCAGUGAUAAAAAAUAUGCCAGGUCAAUGCUGGCUGAGAUCGCGAAGGAACUUGUGCAAAGAUCGACGACCAGCAGUCAGGUAUUAAAUUUAAAUCUCUCAAAUCUGCUAAUUCUUUUGGUGCUCAAAGCGGUUGUAUUUGGCGCUGGUUAUAUAGGACAGCAUGGCUAUAAAGGACGCGAAUUAGAAGAUGAAAAUAUUGUGUCGGAGGGUGAACUCGCGCUAGCUCUUGGAUAUCUGAUCGGUGAUACUUGUUUGUACAGAGCAGCUUGCGAAGAACCACACAUAGCGAGAGAGUAUCUCGGUGCGGCUGAGAUGCUCUUGCAAACAAUGAAAUUGAUGCCGCACAGCUUACCUGGUGCAGAAUCUAACUACGAGAAGAUGAUGGUUGAAUUGCGAAAGGCGAUUGAAUACGGCAAUAUCGAGCGAUGUCCACCAGAAUAUAGCUGCAAAAAAGAAAACAUAAAUAAUUUCUUGCAAAGCGAAAAAAGAUAAUGCAAACAUUAAUAUCAUAUCUAUAAAACACACUUUUCCAUUUUCUUAGGUUGUUAUAUAAAAAUUAUGUUAUAAUUAAAGUUUAUUAAUAAAUAUUAUUUUAGUAUUACUAGAAAAUUUUAAAAAUUAUAUAUGCCUUAUUUUUUAGCACAAUUGGAAUGAUAAUCAAUAACCAAUAAGCUCAAAAUGCUUUAGUUUCAUACAGAUAUUCUCGUGCAAAAAUGGAAAAAAUAUUGUUAUAGUUUAAAAAAAAAUAA